AACGCAAUAUCCAAACUAAUCAUGCAUAGCGUCGUCUUUUAGGUUACGUCAAGACCUUUCAAAGAUGUAUUGUAUUUCUAGAUACGAGCUCUAUAUAAGUCAACCCUCAUUCUAGCUGCCUAUAGAAUCACCACUCUCAUUUGAGAUGGCGACAAAAUUGAAAGGUCCAAACACAACAACCAACUUGAGAGCACAAUCUACAUCCAAGCACAAAACUACACGUUCCUCAACGAGUUUCGGCGCAACCACCACACGAUCCAUCAACUCAACUUCGAGCAGCAUCAGCUCCUGCAGUAGCCGACGCAGUUACGACCAAAGUAAAGGAAGUAAGGCCACUAGAAGUUGCACCAACACGUAUAACCAGGGUGGAUUCGGCGGACAACGGUUUAGCACACAAGCCGCGGUCAACGGACGCACAUCACUCUUUCGUUCGUUCAUCACGACGGGACCGCGCGUACGACAAACAAAGCCGCAAUCCAAUGACUUCGCCUACGAUCUGUCUAAGGAUGAGUCGAAAUUUAUGGGCGUAUUUAAGGGUCCCAUGAAAACGGUGCCAGCCAACGAGCGUGAGCUCCUGAAGAGUGGUCAGCGUGGUGCCUAUUUAGCGUUGCGUUAUGAGCAUUCACCUGAUCGCAAGUACAAUUAUCCGGAGGCGACUAGCUGGCGCAUUGGCUGGUUCCACAACCAAAUGACGCGUCAAGGUGUCGCUAUUUGACGGUUUGGGAUCAGUGAGGAAUGUGGAGGAGACUAAAGUUUUGUGAAUGUGUGCUGAAAUGUUUCUUCAAAUUCAGGUCGAUGGGCCUGCUAGUGUUUCAAAAUCAAUCCUUCGAUGAACUGAGCCGAAUGGUUAUUUGUUUUUGUAACCGUCGAUGAAUUGGCGUUGUAAUGCUGCUCAGCUCAUCGACCUAAAUUGUCAAGGUUUUGUGAGUUACGUUCUUUUCAUACUAAAUUCAUAAUUUACAUGUCACCAAACCAAUAAAUUAGACAAAAUUAAAUGUAAAAAUCCAAAUAA